CUGUCCUUUGUUUAUGCAACAAUUUUUACCAACAAGUGGUUUAUCAGUCUAAUUUGCGGAAGUUACGUGAUUUACGUGUUCGGCUCAGUCAUCAUACUGAUACGGAAGAUCGACACUGGUCUGCAACUUUCAUCACUUGUACCGGACGACACGAGCACAUUCAAAUAUUUGAAAAUGUAUGAGGAGUAUUUUUCGGAGUACAGUUCGCCAUUGGAGGUUGUUCUGGUGGGAGAACUGGACUACUUCGAUCGUCACUUCCAGCUUCGUAUCAUGCGGGCUGCUGCACUUCUUGAAGACACGAGCUAUACACUGAAAGCAUCUUUUUGGCUACCUGCUUUCUUGGAUUUUGUGCGGCAUCAGACGAAUAAGGAAUUGUCUGCUGCAAAUUCAGGUACGGUUAUGAAGAAGCUGGCGCGCUUCUUGCGACAUCCCGGGUACAGCGUAGACGAUGGUCUAAUGAUCAAAUCUAGUCGUCUGCACAUUCCACUUCGCAACAUUACACGUUAUAAUAGCACCGCGGAGAAGCGCUACUCGAUCCAAAUGCUCAUCUAUCACGUAUCAUUCGACCUGGCCGAGCAGGAUGACCUGGUUCCACGUGUCACCGUUUUCAAUGCUGUUCUUGCUGGAUUCGCAUCAACUGGCGCCACUCUGCUACUUAUCCCGUCGAUUCAGAACUGUUUCCUGAUGCUCUGGGCCACGUUUAGCAUUAACUGCGGCGUGGUCGCAUUGCUGGUGCUCUGUGGUACUCGCCUGGAUAUCGUCUCCACCAUUGUCAUUUUCCUCAGCAUCGGCUAUUCCGUUGAUUUCUCCUCACAUAUACUGGCCCACUUCCAGCAUUUCAAGAGAGUUUCAAAAGAUCCACUUGGUAAACUCAUUUUCUAAAA